AUGCCGCCGCCCGCCUCGCGGAGAAGCUUGCGUCUGUACGACUGCGCUGCCGGCGCGCCCAUGACGUUCGGCGCGCUUCUGACGUCACGACCCCUAUUUGAGUUGCUCUUAUGCGUCAUCGCCGCGCGCCGAGCGGGAGCAGCGGCGCUAGAGGCCCAGCUUUUUCUGCCAACGUGGUUGGCCAAGCCAAGCUGUAUCAAGAAGAACAUCACCAAGGACCUUGUUCCCAUUGAAGACAUCCCUGAGGUGCACCCUGACCUGCAGAAGCAGCUGAGGGCACAUGGCAUCUCCUCCUACUUCCCAGUCCAGGCGGCUGUGAUUCCUGCUUUAUUGGAGAGUGCAGCCAACGGGUUUCUGGUGGGCAGAGGUGGCUACCAGCCUAGUGACCUCUGCAUUUCUGCCCCAACGGGCAGUGGAAAGACACUGGCCUUUGUCAUUCCGGUGGUGCAGGCCCUGCUGCACCGAGUGGUCUGCCAUGUCCGUGCCCUGGUUGUGCUGCCCACCAAGGAGCUGGCCCAGCAGGUGAGAAAAGUGUUCAACAUCUACACUGAUGCCACCCCUCUGCGAGUUGCCCUGAUUACUGGGCAGAAGCCCUUGGCCACAGAGCAGGAGAGCCUAGUCCAGAAGACAGCAGACGGCUACCGCUGCCUGGCUGACAUCGUGGUGGCCACGCCUGGCCGCUUGGUAGACCACAUUGACCAGACCCCUGGGUUCAGUCUACAGCAGCUGCGCUUCUUGGUUGUGGAUGAGGCUGACCGCAUGAUAGACAGCAUGCACCAGUCCUGGCUGCCCCGGGUGAUGGCAGCCGCCUUCUCCAGCAAUGGACCUGCAUUCCCUUGCACCCUGCUGCAGAGAUGGCAGCCACAGGCCAUGACUGCUGCCAGUACCUGCUGUCCUCAGAUGCCCCUACAGAAGCUGCUCUUUUCGGCUACCCUGACCCAGAACCCUGAGAAGCUGCAGCGGCUUGGCCUGUACCAGCCACGGCUCUUCUCUACACGGCUGGUGCACAGGGUCCCCAAAGAUGAGGGCACCGAGGUGGACAGGGAGCCAGAGGGGAAGUACGCCUUCCCCUCAGGGCUCACACACCACUACGUGCCCUGCAGCCUGAGCUCCAAGCCACUGGCCGCCAUGCACCUGGUCCUUGGAACGAAACUCUCCAGGGCCCUCUGCUUCACCAACUCCCGGGAGAACUCCCACAGGCUCUUCCUACUGGUACAAGCGUUUGGGGGUGUGAGUGUGGCGGAGUUCUCCUCCCGCUAUGGACCUGGCCAUAGGAGGAAGGUCUUGAAGCAGUUUGAGCAGGGCAAGAUCCAACUCCUCAUCAGCACAGAUGCCACUGCUCGAGGCAUCGACGUGCUGGGUGUGGAGCUGGUGAUCAACUAUGAUGCCCCCCAGUACCUGCGGACCUAUGUGCACCGGGUUGGGAGAACGGCGCGAGCAGGGAAGACAGGACGAGCCUUCACACUGCUCCUGAAGGUGCAGGAGAGGAGGUUCCUCCGCAUGCUGGCAGAAGGUGGGGCACCUGAGCUGGCAAGGCAUGAGAUCCCCAGCAAGUUCCUGCAGCCACUGGUCCCGCAGUACGAGGAAGCCUUGUCCCAGCUGGAGAGGGCAGUGAAGGAAGAGCAGAAGCAGAAGGCAGCCUAGGCUGGCCUGCCCCAACAAGUCACUGCCUCUCGAAAACCUAAGUACUGGGUGCUGCAAGAGCAGAGGGCACAGCCUCCUUGCCCAAGCAGCCUGGAAUCAUGCAGGCCUCUGGAAGGGGAAGUGAGAUGGUGUGCUGUGCGAUCAGGGAAGGGACCAGGAGGGCGGACGACCUGGAGGCUUCUGCAGUCUGCAGGUGCCCUGUACACCUCACUGCGUGGGAAGGCAAAGCGGCUCAGGUGAACGAGAGGGGACCUAGACGGAGAAGCACUCAUCUGUGUAUAAGGCUUGGCUUUAAAGUGUUUAUGUGAUGCAUUAAAUUU